AUGGAAGAGCCCAAAGUGGAGCUCAAAGGGGCCCAGUGGAGCCGGGACAAUGCCAGCCUGGCGGACUUCGAUGGCUACUCGGGCAGGCUCUUCGCCCAAGCGCUUGACCUCGUCCAAGCUGCUGGGCGCAGCCGCCGCGCCGCAGAGUGCGGUUCCUCGACUGUUGCACGGCAACGGGCGCAGCGAGCACAGCACGAGCGAGAUGCAGUGCUGCGAUGGGCAGAGGAAGCCGCCAAACGCAUCAACGCAAUGACGGAGCGUUUCCAGCGAGGUUGGGCUCAAAUGGAGCAGCAGCAAGCGGAGAAGAGGCAGUUGGAGGCAUGCUGUGAGAUGCUGCGCGGCAAGCUGCAGGCUGCACAGAGCUGUGCGGCCUUUCGCUCUGAAGUGGAGGCCCGGCAGGGUGUGCCUGCUCAGCGGCCGGACUUGUCUCCUCGCAAGGCACGCACGACCUGGGCCAAAGAAGUCGCCUGGGCGCGAGGCCUUGCGGAGGACUGCCGCAGUGGUGCCUUUCACCCAGCUGUGCGUCAGCAGAGGGCUGGACGAGGGCGGUGCGGGCGCUGCGCGCUGCUUCGGCGCCGACUGGGGACACUGCGGCGAGGCGUGCGGCACGCGCACGACAUGGCCCAGCAGCGCCUGGCCACAGCGAUCGCUGCAGCCAGGCAGGAUGGGGAGAUGCUGGAGACCGUUGUGCUCUUGGCCCGCCGCCGCACACUGCAAGUGAUUGAGACUGAGCCAGCAGUGCCAGUAGCAGCUAUUGUACAUGCAACUACAAGGCAGCAGAAGAUGACCAGAGGCUAG